AUGGAAGAAGAUAGAAAUAAAUUGCAGUCCUUGUCUGAAGCCGUGCAGAAGUUUCAAGACGAUCUCCAAGGCACCAUCGAGGCGCGCCAGAAACUUGAAGCACAGCAACAGGAGAAUAAAGCCGUCCAGAAAGAGUUCGCGACUCUGGCCGACGACACAGGUGUUUACAAACUUGUCGGUCCGGUGUUGUUAAAGCAGGACAAAACCGAGGCUGUCAAUGCAGUGGAUGGACGGCUGGAGUUCAUUGGGAAAGAAAUAUCAAGAACAGAAACCAGGAUCAAAGAGCUGCAGGAAGGAAGCGAGAAGAAAAGAGUAGAGCUUCUGCAUCUACAGCAGAAAAUGCAGCUGGCAGCACAGGAACAGGGCAGUGGUUGA